AUGGUGUCUACACACAACAGAGACAAGCCUUGGGAUACAAAUGAUAUUGAUAAGUGGAAGAUAGAGGAGUUUAAAGAAGAGGAUAACGUAUCCGGCCAACCUUUUGCUGAAGAAUCCAGUUUUAUGACUUUGUUUCCUAAAUACAGAGAAAGCUACUUGAAAACGAUUUGGAAUGACGUAACAAGAGCUCUAGACAAACACAACAUAGCGUGUGUUCUAGAUUUAGUCGAGGGUUCUAUGACAGUAAAAACGACUAGAAAAACGUACGAUCCUGCUAUUAUCUUGAAAGCCAGAGACUUGAUCAAAUUAUUGGCAAGAUCCGUUCCUUUCCCGCAGGCCGUUAAGAUCCUACAAGAUGACAUGGCGUGUGACGUUAUUAAAAUUGGUAAUUUCGUUACAAACAAAGAAAGGUUCGUCAAGAGAAGACAACGUCUUGUAGGUCCCAACGGUAAUACUCUGAAAGCCUUGGAACUACUAACCAAGUGUUAUAUCCUAGUACAAGGUAACACAGUAAGUGCCAUGGGUCCCUUCAAAGGCUUAAAGGAAGUCCGUCGAGUAGUGGAAGACUGUAUGAAAAAUAUUCACCCUAUCUAUCAUAUCAAGGAAUUAAUGAUCAAAAGAGAAUUGGCAAAAAGACCAGAACUAGCCAAUGAAGAUUGGUCAAGAUUUUUGCCCAUGUUCAAGAAGAGAAAUGUGGCCAGGAAGAAGCCCAAAAAGAUCAGAAACGUCGAAAAGAAAGUCUACACUCCAUUUCCACCUGCCCAAUUGCCUAGAAAGGUUGAUUUGGAAAUUGAAAGUGGUGAAUAUUUCUUAAGCAAAAGAGAAAAGCAAAUGAAGAAAUUAAACGAACAAAAGGAAAAGCAAAUGGAAAGAGAAGUGGAAAGGCAGGAAGAGAGAGCAAAGGAUUUUAUAGCUCCAGAAGAAGAAGCAUACAAGCCAAAUCAAAACUAG